CAUUCGUAUUCGUGUUCCUUCGUUCUUCACUUCACAAUUCACAAUCAAUCACAUUUCAAAGGCAUGUUUUUUCAACAAAGUUCAUUCUACCCACGAGUCGAUUCAACAAACCCAGACGCUAAUUCUCCCUUCUCUAACCCCGCACCAUCUUCUUCUUCUUCUUCCAUUUAUCCCUCAGUGGAAACAACAGAGAAUCUCAUUUGGGAAGAGCCAAACACGACUACAGAAGAAGCCAUGGAAAACGUUCUGGUCACGGUCCCGGGUGCGAUUCUGCAUCUGAUAGAAAAGGAUUCCAGCGUGCACCUUGCUUCGGGCGACCUCACCAUAUCGACCCUCGGAGAAGGCGACAAAGUGGUGGCGGUUCUGGCAUGCGUCGGCGAUCAGGUUCAGUGGCCGUUGGCGAAAGACGUGUCGGCGGUGAAGCUGGAUGAGUCGCACUACUUCUUCACGGUCCAGGUCCCACAGGAGCACGGGGAGGAGAAGGGAUUCGAGGUGUUGAAUUACGGUUUAACGGUGGCGGCGAAGGGACAAGAGAGGGUGCUGAGGGAACUGGACGAGGUUCUGGACAAGUACAGCUUUCUGUCGAAGGAGAAACUGAAGGGGGUUGGAGGUUGGGAAGUUUUGGAUGGUUCAGUUUCGACGGAGACAUCGCCGGAGGAGUUACAAGGAUCGGAAGAGAGGAAGGAAGUGGUGGAGGAGCGUUCUGGGGCAUACUGGACGACGUUGGCGCCAAACGUGGAGGAUUACAGUGGGAGUUUCGCGAGAUGGAUUGCAGCAGGGUCGGGGCAAGUGGUUAGGGGGAUUCUGUGGGCUGGGGAUGUGACUGUGGACAGGUUGAAGUGGGGGAAUGAUUUCUUGAAGAAGAGGUUGGAGCCUGGUUCACACUCCCAGGUUAGUCCUCAGGCACUGGAGAGCAUCAAAAGGGUUAAGAAGUUGACCAAGAUGUCUGAGAAGGUUGCCACUGGUGUCCUCUCUGGGGUUGUCAAGGUGUCUGGAUUCUUCACAAGUUCUGUAGUCAACUCCAAAGCUGGAAAGAAGUUCUUUAGCCUUCUUCCAGGGGAAAUUGUCCUUGCUACCAUGGAUGGAUUCAAUAAGGUUUUGGAUGCUGCAGAAGUAGCUGGAAGGAAUGUCAUGUCCACUUCAUCAGUUGUGACCACCGGCCUAGUUUCGCAUAAAUAUGGAGAGGAAGCAGCACAUGUUACAAAUGAAGGCCUUGACGCAGCAGGGCAUGCGAUUGGGACAGCUUGGGCCGUGUUCAAACUUGGGAAGGCACUCAACCCCAAGAGCGCAAUCAAGCCAACAACACUAGCUAAAGCUGCUGCUGAAGCAAGUUCAGCUAGACUGAAGGCUAAGAAAUAAGGCACGGCAACAAAAGAAUCAGGAUCCCCCCAGCACUCUCCAUAUAGAAUUCUAGUUUGUCUGUUUAUUGAUAUAAUCAAUCUUCCUUGUGAUUAGGAUUUAUAGUUAAUGUUGACGUUUCUUUUCAUCUAGAGUUCUGUUUUUAUUCAAGUCCUUCGCCGAAUUUGCGAUAUUGAAUUCCAUUUAUUUUUUUCCCCUUUCUUCUCUACCGAUAUAAAUUGCAUAAUCAUGGUUGGAAGUGGAUCAA